AUGCCCCCUCGGGGGCCGACGCCACCCCUUACCGGUCCCCCUCCUCCGGGCGGAAAUCCUGCUUGUCGAAUGCAGUCCGCUGUCAUGCCAAUGUCUUCGGCGCCUCAGCAUCCUGGCCAUCUCGGUCCACCACCGCCACCGCCACCACACGCCCAAAUGCACCCAGGUCCUAUGAUGCUUCCAGUAGGCGCCUCUGGCGGAGGUCUUCCUAGUGGUCUCCCUGGCAUCCAUUACGCACCUCACGGACCUCUCCCACCUGGUGGUCCCAUGCCUGGAGGUCCGGACAGACCGGAUCAUGGUAUCCCGCAGAUGCCAACAGGACAACAACCACAACUCGGCGGGCCCAUGAUUCAACAUCAUCACGGGCCUCCGCCUCCACAACCCGGCGCUAUGGGGGUUCCUCCGAUGCCACCUCAUCAACAAAUGCCUCCGGGACCAAUGCCUCCUCACAGUCACCCACACCAUCUCCAUCAUCCUGUUCAUGCCCCUUUACCGAUGUGA